AUGACAGAUUAUUGGGUUAGUUCGAAAAAGCAUUAUUGUGAAACGUGCAAUGUAUGGAUAUCAGGCCAUAAAGUAAAUAUAAAGAAUCAUGAGAAGAGUGCCAGACAUAUAGAAAAUUUCAAGAGAUUAAUAAAUGAAUCAUUCAAAAGAAAGGAGAAAGAAACACAAGAAAAAGAAUUUCUUGAGAAAGAAUUAAGAAGAUUAGAUGAUAUAGAAAAAAAAUAUCUUUUAGAUAUAAACAAGAAGGAUGAAAAUGAUAAUAAAUCAUAUGAUUCGUAUGUAUAUAAACAUACAAAUGAUAAUAAAAAUAAUAAUAACAUUUAUAAUAAUAAUAAUAUUUAUAAUAAUAAUAAUAAUAUUUGUAAUAAUAAUAUUUAUAAUAAUAAAUAUAUUUUAAUGAUACAUGAAGAUAGUGGUUCCUUAGUUUUUUUUAAUACCUUAAAAAAGGAAUUGCUUUAUGAUAAACCAGCAGAUUUUUAUGAACCUUUACCUGAAUAUCAAACAUUUUCAGAACAAUAUGGAUGGUAUAAAUAUCUUGAUAAUAAUUCAAAUAAUUUUUAUUAUUUUAACAUAUAUAAUUCAAAAAGUAUAUGGGAAUAUUCAUCCCAUAACAUAGAUUAUUUAAUAAAUUAUUUGAAAAAAUGUGAGGAAACUGGUUUGGCUAGUUUUAACCAGAAUUAUAUGAACAAGUCAGGAAAUUUAGUUUUUCAUUAUAAUAAUGAAAAUAUAAAAUAUGAUAAUAUGAAUAAAAGGGUGACAAAAAAUGAUAUAACUUUAUUAGGUGAAUUUGGUAAUAAUAAAAUAAAAGAUGAAGAAAUGAAGUUAAAAAAUGUAUAUGAUAAAAAGAAUAAAAUACAAUUAAAUAUUCCUUUGGAUAGGAAAAAUGAUAAAAGUAGGUUUAAUAAGGAAAAGGAUAUUUUGGAAAGUGCAACAACAAAGGAAGAUGAUAUUAAAAAUGUUUUUAAUAAGAGUGAUAAAAAGUAUGAAAAGGAAAAUGGAAAUGUUAACAAAUUAAAUGAUGAGAAAAAAGAAAAAUUAGAAAAUGUGGCUCUUAAAAAUGAAGAUAAAAAUAAAGGUGAAAAUUUAAAUGAAAAACAAAAGAAUGAGAUGUCAUUUAUUUCAAAUGAUGAGACAUCCAAACCAGGAGAAUGGAAAAUCGUUGAAGGGAAUCCAAUUAAUAAUAUAAGUAAUGAAAAUAUUGAAGAGAUAUUUUAUAAUAUUAAAUCUAAAGAAGAGCGAGAAAAGGAUAAUUUAGAAGAAAUAAAAAAUAAUAUUCGUUAUGAAUAUUCAUCUUUCAAUGAAUUUUAUGUAGCAAAAAAAGAAUUGGAUAAUGAAGAUUUAUUUUUAAAUAAAGAAUUUGAAUUUGUUGACAAGCCAAUAUAUAAAAAGGUUAUUGAUAAAAAUGCAAACAGAAAAGUAGACUUUGCAAAACGAAAUAUAAAGGCAAUAAAAAAUAAAAAAAAAAUUACAUGA